AUGAAGAUCAGCGCGCUACUCACCUCUGCGGGCAUCAACAUUGGCCUCUGUGUCCUCUUCCUGUCGCUCUACUCUGUUCUCAGAAAGCAGCCAGCCAAUGUCAGGGUCUACUUCGGCCGCAGGAUCGCUGAGGAGCAUGAUCGGCUCCGAGGGGCUUUUAUCUUGGAGAGAUUUGUUCCAUCUACUGGAUGGAUAGUCAAAGCCCUGCAGUGUACUGAGGAAGAGAUCCUGGCUGCUGCUGGCUUGGAUGCUGUUGCUUUCAAUAGAAUUCUAGUAUUCAGGCUCUGGGUCCAUUGUGUAACCCUGUACAUAAUUUCUGGAGUAGCUUGCAUUCUGCUAUACAUUGAGUACAAGCACAUUGCCAGGUUGAGGCUCCUUCAUCUUACAAGUGCAACACCAAAACCAAGCCAUUUUACAGUUCUUGUUCGGGGAAUACCAAAGGCAGAUAAAGAAUCAUGCAGUGAUGUUGUUGAUGGUUUCUUCACAAAGUAUCACUCAUCUAGUUAUCUCUUCCAUCAAGUAGUUUACAAAGCUGGGAAAGUUCAGAAGAUAAUGACUGGCGCAAAAAAGGCAUAUAAGAAGUUCAAACAUUUCACAGAUGAAACAGUCGAUCAGGGAUGCAGAACAAUUACCUACCGCUGUUGUCUGUGUGGAGCCUCUUCAAAUUCUUUCAAGUUAUUGAACACUGAAUGUGAGCAGAACAGGGGGAAAGCUGACAAUAAAUCCAUCUUGGACUUAGAUGAUGAGGAAUGCACAGCUGCUUUUGUAUUUUCAAAACUCGGGCUAUCUCAGCUAGAGCAGCUGCAGCAGAGGCUUCCUUUCCUAAGAGGAAUAUUGAAGAAGAAAUACUACAUGACUCAGCUAGUAACUGGAUACCUUCCCAGUGUCAUACUGCAAAUCUUUCUGUACACUGUUGCUCCAAUUAUGAUGCUAUUUUCUACAUUGGAGGGUCCUACAUCACACAGUGAAAGGAAGAGAAGUGCUUGCUGUAAAGUGCUGAUCUUCACAGUUUGGAACAUAUUCUUUGCUAAUGUAUUAUCUGGUACUGUCAUAAGUCAAUUGAACGUGUUAUCAAGCCCAAAGGACAUACCUGUCCAGCUUGCUAAAGCUGUACCUGGACAGGCCACCUUCUUCAUCACCUAUGUCCUGACCUCAGGAUGGGCUAGUUUGUCAUCUGAAGUUAUGCAGCUCUUUGGUCUGAUAUGGAACUUUAUAAGGAAAUAUGUUCUGAGAAUGAGAGAAGAUACAGAAUUCGUUCCCUCAUUUCCCUACCACACAGAAGUACCAAAAGUUCUGUUGUUUGGACUAUUGGGAUUCACAUUGUCUGUGCUGGCUCCUCUGAUCUUACCUUUUCUGCUGGUGUACUUUUGCCUUGGUUAUGUUGUCUACCGCAAUCAGUUGCUCAAUGUGUAUCGAACAAGGUACGACACAGGUGGUUUGUAUUGGCCAAUUGCAUGCAGCACAGUCAUAUUCUCUCUUGUGCUCACCCAGAUCAUCUGCCUUGGUGUAUUUGGACUCAAAGAAUCGCCAGUAGCUGCAGGCUUCACCAUACCUCUUAUCAUCCUUACUCUUUUAUUUAACCAGUACUGCAGAAACCGACUUCUUCCAUUAUUCAAGACUUUUCCAGCACAGGAUUUAAUCGACAUGGACAGGGAAGAUGAACGGUCAGGAAGAAUAGAUGAAAUUCACCAUGGACUUCAUUCUGCUUAUUGCCAGUUCCCUGACACCGUAGAUGUACCCUUGGAGAAAAUUGAAAUUGUUGGCGGGGAUGAGGAGCAAGGUUCUACCUCGGGUGAGUCCAGUGGCAAAGAAACCUGCGAGGAUCCCAAGAAGGACCUGUCUCACCCAACACUAAAAGGACUCCCUGUUAACCGUCUCCGGCAUGCUGUGAGGUCGGUUACUUUCCUGAUCAGAUUGCAGAAAAGAGGUUUAUCAGAACAGAAAAUCGGAUAG